UUGGGGAGGGAGGGGCCCACUCGGCUCUGGCCGGUAGCGGAGGAGGGUGGGAGGCCCGGGCGGCGGCGGGCGGGGCGGGACCGCCGUGCUGGGAGGUGCGCUCCUGUCCGCGGCCGCAGAGGGCAUGGGGGGUCCCGCGGGGCCCCCACGCCUCCUCCACGUCCCGCACCGUGUCCUCUGUCUGCUCUGCCUCCUUCCGCCACUGCUUAAAGUGGGGUCCAGCCAGGCUACCAGAGACCAGCCCGUGUGGGCACUGCUGGAGCAGUACUGCCACUCCGUCAAGACCCUCGCCAACCUCUCAGGUCCCUACUCCUACUGCAACACGACCUUGGACCAGAUCGGGACGUGCUGGCCCCGGAGCGCGGCCGGAGCCCUGGUGGAGAGGCCGUGCCCCGAGUACUUCAACGGAGUCAAGUACAACACGACCCGGAAUGCCUACCGAGAGUGCUUGGAGAAUGGGACGUGGGCCUCGCGGAUCAACUACUCACAGUGUGAACCCAUUCUGGAUGAUAAGCAGAGGAAGUAUGACCUGCACUACCGCAUUGCACUCAUCGUCAACUACCUGGGCCACUGCGUGUCCGUGGCAGCCCUCGUGGGUGCCUUCCUGCUUUUCCUGGCCCUGCGGAGCAUUCGCUGUCUCCGGAACGUGAUUCACUGGAAUCUCAUCACCACCUUUAUCCUGCGGAAUGUCAUGUGGUUCCUGCUGCAGCUCAUCGACCAUGAAGUGCAUGAGAGCAACAAGGUCUGGUGCCGCUGCAUCACCACCAUCUUCAACUACUUCGUGGUGACAAACUUCUUCUGGAUGUUCGUAGAGGGCUGCUACCUGCACACGGCCAUUGUCAUGACCUAUUCCACCGAGCGCCUGCGCAAAUGGCUCUUCCUCUUCAUUGGAUGGUGUGUCCCCUGCCCCAUCGUCAUUGCCUGGGCCAUUGGCAAACUCUACUACGAGAAUGAACAGUGCUGGUUUGGCAAGGAGCCCGGUGACCUGGUGGACUACAUCUACCAGGGCCCCAUCAUCCUCGUGCUCCUGAUCAACUUUGUAUUUCUGUUCAACAUUGUCAGGAUUCUAAUGACAAAGUUACGAGCAUCCACCACAUCAGAGACGAUCCAGUACAGGAAGGCGGUGAAGGCCACCCUGGUUCUCCUGCCCCUUCUGGGCAUCACCUACAUGCUCUUCUUCGUCAACCCUGGGGAGGACGAGCUGUCGCAGAUUGUGUUCAUCUAUUUCAACUCCUUCCUGCAGUCGUUCCAGGGUUUCUUUGUGUCUGUCUUCUACUGCUUCUUCAAUGGAGAGGUACGCUCAGCUGUGAGGAAAAGGUGGCACCGCUGGCAGGACCAUCACUCCCUCCGAGCCCCCGUGGCCCGGGCCAUGUCCAUCCCCACGUCGCCCACGCGGAUCAGCUUCCACAGCAUCAAGCAGACGGCCGCUGUAUGACCUCUGAGUGCCCCCAUCUCGCCCAUCACUUGACCACCAGAACAGCAUCCCCAUUUUCCUCCAGCACCUUUCUCUGGGUUCUUCCAGCCAUGCAGGCCCUGGUGGGGGCAAAGAGAAGGGAAGCACAAGUGGGGUCUCAGGAACCAGGGCCGGCGGGGCCCCAAGUCUCAGUGCGAGAGGGAGAUGAGCUGAGAAGUCACAGGAACCCCCAGAGAUGAGCAGGUCACAGAUCUUCAGGCAUUGCCCACACCAGCCUCUGGCUGGAUCCUUACUGUCACCCUGUUACAAGACGAAGAACUGAGGCCCAGAGCCAGGAAGGGCUUUCAUGACAGACCAGGGGCUCCUCUGCCCCCACUCACAGCUAAGGGUCUUCCCACCAGCAGCAGGGUGAUGGCUGGCCCCUCCAAGCCAUCUGCCUCUGUGUUCAGUGGCGCCCCCUGCAGUUGGAGGGAGGCACAGCAGCUGAAGAGAUGAAUUCCGCAGGCUUCAUCCCAGGGACUCUGAACCUAGAGAAGCCUCACCUACCCCCCACCCCGACCCCAUCCUCCUGCCCCUCGGGCUCUUAGAAGGAUAUGCUGCCUCCUUUCCUGAGGGGCCUCUUCUCAUCCUGGUCCACAGAUUCAGAGCCUGGGGGAGGGGCAGGUGAGGAGGAAGAUGCUGACAGGAUGGCACAUACUCUUAGUACAGGACGAAACGGGAGGAGAAGUCUGGGGGGUGAGUUGGGUGAAGGAGUAGGGUAGAAAGAGCAGAAACCAAAGUCCGACUCUGGUGACUGGAACUAAUCUCUCAGCCCCGACCUGAGGCUGGGCUUCAGUCUCCCCUUCAGAAACGCCUGUGCUAUCUGAGAAACAAACCAUGCUAUUGUAGAAACGCAGCCUCCCCUCGGGGGAAGGGGUGCUGUGGGCCAAGGGUGGUGGGCCCAGUCCACCCUCAUUUGCAGAGACUCUCGCCCUGGCCUGGGGCCCCUCUCCACCAAUGCCUGCAGGUCUGUCCCUUAUGUUCACCCAGGCCAGUGUCUGCCCUUCCUGCUAACCUGAAGGCAGUUUAAUUCAGCACUAAGGAGAGGUUCAUCCCAGCAGGCUGCGGUCUGUUCUUGUUUCCUGUUCUGAAGUCUUGAGGGAGGUAUAGAGCUGGCCCCUGCCGUCUCCAUGGGUAAUAACCAUGGCUGGCUCCAUCUGCCCUUCCCUCCAGGAGAGGGUGGGAGUCGAAGGCCAGGAAGAGCCAUCAGGCUGGGGUUUGAAAGAGCUUUUGCUCUUGGCAUACCGCCCCCACCCCAUAUUUUUAAAAUUAUGUAUCUCAUCUUGCACCUUUUUAAGUUGGCAUCUAAUAUUUUUCACAUGAAUUUUAAAACUUGUGAAGGAUGUGAUUUCUGGCAUUUGGUAAAUAUUUACAUUUUAAAAUAAAACUACCACAAUGCUUUACAAUA